AUGGUGACGCUGGUUAACAAGAAUUGGAAGUCACUUUAUUCCUACAAAACUGGCAAAAUAUAUUUACAUUUAAAAAACAAUGAGUUGGUAUCUUUAGACUUUUCAGUUACCAAUAAGAAUAUUACAAAUUAUUCCAAUAAUCAACAAAUAAAUGCACUCACUGCUCCUCCACCUAAUUCGACUUUAUUUUUAAUGGAAGAUGAGUUGUACGCUUUGAUUGCCGUUUCUUCAGGUAACAAAGACUUGUGUGGGAAUGGGCAACUUUCAAUUAUAAAGUAUAAGGAUGACAAUACCUGGGCAUCAGAGUCAGAUAUUAAAUUAAACUUUGAUGACAUCAUAGAUGCAUCUUUCUAUCAGUAUCAAACAGUGUUGACUAGUUCCAACAGUAAUCAUACUAUCUACAUCUAUGGUGGUGAAUGCAGUGAAUCUAAAUACAUUUCAAAUCGGUUAUUAUCAUUAAAUAUUAAUACGGGGAAAGUCAGUAACAUAUCCACUUCCACCAAACCACAACCAUUCUACGGUGCUAGUAACAUAUUGGCACCCAAUCCUCAGGAACAACUAAUAAUAGGAGGGAAGCUGAAUCAAGGGUGGUUAAACAUGUAUCAAUUGGCUACAUGGAACUUCAAUUCUGGUUGGUCAUUUCAAGAAGUUGAGCGUAAUUCUGGAAAUUCUGGAUCGUCAGUGGUAAACUCGAGAACUUUCCCACUUUUGUUGCCAGUCUUUGACCCGGUGUUAAAUGAGUCAUUGAUUGAUGAUACGCUCACCAUUAAACAGGUAUUGAUGAUUGGAGGUGAAAUGGAUAAUAAACAAGCUGAACCUACUUUUGCCAAGUUGUCAAUGACUACAAAUGCUUGGAUAUGGAAUACUACAGACACUAAAUACAAUUUACCAGAAGAUGAAAUUUUGGGAGCAGCAACCAUUUUCAAUACAUUAUUGGUGAUAAACUCAACUGAUUCCAACAACAAAAGAGAUAACAGCUACCACAUAAACUUAUAUGAUGCUGAUAGUUUUAAGCCAGUGGAAACAUUGAAAGAAAACACCGCCAAUAUCCUAAAGGGGCCAAACUCCAGAUCGUCACACCAGAACACUACUGUAAAAAUUGUUCUUGGAACGGUUUUACCCAUUCUAUCAUUGGCAAUAAUAGCAGGUCUUUUCAUUCUUUUCUUUCUCAGAAGAAAUAAUAAACGCAAGUUGGAAUUGCAGCAACAACAAUAUAAUGAAAUUGAUUAUAAAUAUGGAUACUUGAAUCCUCCACCGUCAACAUUAAAACCAUUUUAUCACCAUGACAAUGAUUCAAAUUCUACUUUGAGUGGUGCAUCAAUAGAUUCAUGGAUGAAAAAAAGGCAAGAUUAUGACAAACGGCGUUUACGGAACAGUUAUCUUGCAUCCAAUGAUACUUUGAAUAUGGUGGAUGAUGAAGAUUCUAACAGUAAUAGUAGCAGUCAUUAUGAUGAUUAUAGCAGAAUUCAUGGUGAGAAUAGGGAAGAAGAAAAAGACUUGGGUGAAGGGAAAAAUCCUCAUUUGGUUUUAUCUAAACCUAGUAGACCUAGACUUCACCCGAAAAAGGCGUUUUCUUUUACCAAAAGUCCUCCACAAACCCCAGUUGGGAAAAUAAAAAGACUACAGUCUACGCGAUUGACUAGCUCAGAGCAUUUAAUUCCUGGUAACCACAAAAAUGAGUUAGAGUCUGAUGUUGAGGGAAAUUAUGAACACAACGGCAUUGUUGAUUCGGAAGCAACAUCUUUGGAUGAUAGAAUGGAUGUUCAAGUGUUGGUAAGCAGUAAGCGAAGAUCAAUAUUGAGAGUAGUGAACCCAGAUGCACAGUCGGUGCAUGAUAAUUGUUUAGAUCGGUCUGACGUAAUCAGAGAAGACUGUGAUAGUGAUGAAGCGUUCAGUCAAGUGCUCGACAGCCAUUUUGAAAGAAUAAUGAAUGAAUCUGAUACUGAAGAAAAUGAAUGCAGUAACAAAUUACUAAGGCAAAGAGUAAUAUCUGGUCAAAGCGAACACAACUAG